GUUUCUCUUUAUUUUUUUGGUAAGAGUUUUCGUCGUUUCCCUGCCCCCCUAGACCACCAGCAGCCAAAAGUAGCCGCCGUAGUUAGCAACCAAGAAUCGUCUUAAGAUCCACCAGGAAAUAGGAAUCAUCGACCAAUCAAAGUCUUCACUAACCAUCCAGCCAGCCAACGGAUCCAGUAGUGGAGAAAGCAAGCAUGACAAUGGAAUCGAUCCUCUGCUUCCAAACUUCAGAACCUUGAAUCCUGAGUCACUUUAUUAGCCAUUACUCCUCUGCUUCCUCCAUCACUGCGUCGCGGUCUCUCACGCCAGCUUCAGCGAGACCUCUCCAACUUCAAAAUUCUCCAUCUACCGCUGAAAAUUCGCGUCAUCAUUUGCGCGUAGGGUUCAUAUCGACUGUGAUCCGAUAGGAGAUGGUAAAGGAGACUGAAUACUAUGAUGUGCUUGGGGUCAGUCCGACGGCCACCGAGGCUGAGAUAAAGAAAGCUUAUUACAUAAAGGCACGGCAGGUUCAUCCAGAUAAAAACCCUAAUGAUCCUCAGGCGGCACAAAAUUUUCAGGUCUUGGGAGAAGCAUACCAAGUAUUGAGUGAUUCUACCCAGAGACAAGCUUAUGAUGCAUACGGGAAGUCUGGAAUCUCAACCGAAGGGAUCAUUGAUCCUGCAGCAAUCUUUGCCAUGCUUUUUGGUAGUGAGCUUUUUGAGGAUUACAUAGGACAGCUCGCCAUGGCAUCUAUGGCAUCAUUGGACAUUUUCACGGAAGGGGAGCAGUUUGAUACCAAGAAGUUACAAGAUAAAAUCCUAAUCUGUUCCGAUAAUCCUUUGCUAAUAUUGUCUAGGUUGCAUUUACAAAUUGAUUAUGUGCAGGUUGUUCAGAAGGAGAGAGAAGAAAGGCUAGCAGAAACACUAAAAAAUCGACUCCACCAAUACGUACAAGGAAAUAAAGAAGAGUUUGUUAAACAUGCCGAGUCUGAAGUAACUAGACUUUCGAAUGCAGCUUAUGGUGUUGACAUGUUGAACACGAUUGGCUACAUUUAUGUAAGACAAGCAGCCAAAGAUUUGGGUAAGAAAGCUAUGUACUUGGGCGUGCCGUUUGUUGCUGAAUGGUUUAGAAACAAAGGGCAUUUCAUCAAGUCCCAGGUUACUGCAGCAACAGGUGCCUUUGCGUUAAUCCAAUUGCAAGAGGAUAUGAAAAAGCAGCUAAAUGCAGAAGGAAAUUAUACUGAGGAAGAGCUUGAAGAAUACAUGCAGUCUCAUAAGAAGCUAAUGAUCAACUCCUUGUGGAAGCUUAAUGUAGCUGACAUUGAGGCUACUCUUUCCCAUGUUUGCCAGAUGGUUCUUCAAGAGAAUGGUGUCAGUAAAGAGGAGCUUCGUUCUCGAGCAAAGGGAUUGAAGACUCUUGGCAAAGUCUUUCAGAGAGUAACGUCAACCAAUGGAAGUGAGGGUGAAGCUGAUGUAGGCAGUGCCCUGCAUAAGUUGCGUGGAAGUGAAUCAAGCCAUGAAGCAUUUUCUCCUGGCUCAUCGCCAAGGUCUGGAACAACUGAAGGAUCAUCUUACAGCUCACUGUUCUCACAGAGCCCGUACGUGGCGUCUCCACAGGUUGGUGGUGGUCAGUCUAACUACGACUUCCCGAGGCCAACAGCACCUCCCGGCGCGAAUAGAUGUUCUUCAACAGCACCAUCUCUCGCCAGUCGUUGAAUGUACUGAUGCACUGGCGGGGUGUAGGUGUGAAAAGCAUUAUGAGCCCAAUCCGAGAUCCCAGAAGCUGGAUGGAAAUAGUGUAGUAGCGUUUUUGUUGGUAGCAAUGGCAGGCAGCAGCUGCGUGCAUGUAGUUCUAUUUGACUGACUAGUGGAAUGUGUAUUAUUUGCAUCGCUGUAAUAUUGUUUGUGAGUUUUGAGCAGAGUAUAUUAUUGUCUGAUUCGUUUUUCCAUGUGGCCGUCUUGAGGGUUGUUCUUUUGGCUUGUAGGAAAAAUGGUCAACAAACUAUGAAGCAGACGGCAUUGAAUUGUUGUAUAUACAUUAUUAGCAAUGACAUAUGUUGCAUCUUCAAAAAUGAUUGUUUAUGCUAAAGGUAAUAUAGCCUAACCGUGAAACUGUUGGU